UCCGCGCAGCUGCAGCCGAAGUGGAGCGAACGUCAUCCCCCAAACUCCAAAGUUCAACCCAUCCUUGCUACCCUCUCUCACCUUGCGGAAACACUCUGCUUUCAGUCGCUUUUUUUUUCUGGAACGCUUCGGUGGCAUCCUUAGCAAGCACUUCACUGUUCCUAACGCGCGGGUCGAUAAUCAGCAUGCGUGGUGCCAAUUGAAUCCUUCCCCAAAGGUCUCAGCUUCGAAUUUGACCAUCAUGGAGCGACAUCACUCCAGCCCAAACGCAGGCGUGGCCACAUCUUCUGAUGCAAGCGAAAAUACGCCGCUGCUGGGGAACUCGGGGAGCCCUCGUCCCAAGGGCCUGCGGACCGUCACAUUUAGCGCCAAUCCCGUCACCCGAACCAUCGAGCCCGAGUCGAGUCGAGCGCAACCCAAACCAGGGCAGCAGGUACCUGCGACAUCCAACGUGGCUGUUGGCUCCGGAGGUCCGCCAGUACUGGCAGCUUUCAACAGUAAACUACGAAGGAGAAAUAGCCACAGUGCUGUACCAGCUUCAGCGACGCUACACAUUGGGCCAAAGCAGGGUGCGCAGCGAAGUACAAAGAAGACCGAGAAACUAAAACUCCUCCCCAAUCCCGAGCUCGACGAAGAUAACACCGACGAGGAGAGCGGUCGCGAUGUCUACUCUCAAUACACGCGCAUCAAAGAUCCCACUGCCAGGAGGGACGCUGCCAGGCUGGGUAAAGCAGACCGCGAUAGACUACCGCGUGUCACCGCAUACUGCACCGCAAACCGGUAUGAGAUGGAAGGGCUGCAGCGGUUUCUAAAGGGUCGCGGCAAGAACAGGGGCGCGAACCCCAAGCUCAUCGACGAGUGCAUCUAUACGCCUUAUAGCUACGGCAAGACACCCCAAACUCGUCCGCUGCCCCCGCCGCCGCCUGUACCACUAUCGUCAGAACCUCGCCCGGACCCAGUGCAAGUAUACGAGAGGAGGCAUUCAACGGGCGGCGACUCAAUAGAGGAUGAGCAACAGCGUCGCGAAACCUUCAUGGAUGGCCACCCGGAUGCGCCUGAUGAGAAUGAUUAUGCGGAUCAGAGCGCCAUCGAUGUCGACGUUGGGCCACUCCAUGGCGAAACACUGCUGGGACCCAGCAUAGUCGAUGAAGAGCGCCCCGUCACAGAAACCAUACCAGACCUGGACGUCACGGUCCACACUCCCGAGGUCUUUCUCUUCGACUACGGCGUGGUAGUCAUAUGGGGCAUGACAGAGAUCCAGGAAAAGAGGUUCCUCAAAGACAUUGCCAAGUUUGAGCUCGAGAAACUGGCGCCUGACGACGUGGAGACGGAGCACUUCAACUUCUACUACACGCAUGAGUACCAGGCGCGCAUCUACAACGACUUUAUCACUCUCCGAGACAAGAACAACUACAUGACGAAGCUGGCGAUAUCGCACGCCUUAGCUCAGAGCGUCAAGACCUCCCUAUUCGAAGAGUUGAUUGCAUCAACGGUUGAUACCUGCAAGGACAUCCCAACCCAGAUUGCCUUGACCGGUAAAAUCGCCCUGACUCGCUCCCAAAUCAACAUGCAGAUUGGCGAGCUCUUCAUCCUACGUAUCAACAUUCACCUCAACGGUUCGGUGCUCGACACGCCUGAGCUUUUCUGGGUGGAGCCCCAACUCGAGCCCGUCUACCAAGCUGUGAGGAGUUACUUGGAGAUGGAUCAGCGUGUUGGCCUCCUCACCGAGCGCUUGGACGUCAUUGCCGAUUUGUUGGCUGUCUUGAAGGACCAGCUGAGUCAUGGCCAUGGCGAGAAGCUGGAGUGGAUUGUGAUCGUGUUGAUUGCUGCCGAGAUUGUUGUCGCAGCCGUCAACAUCGUGGUAGAUCUAUACGCAGGGGAGUAAUGGUCCCCAGCUCGUGACCGCCCCUGGUGGAAUGGGACACAGGAGACAACGGCCGGCAGGCCCAGAGGUAUCCCGAUGCCUUCUAUUUGUAUGUUCGAUACCAGAAAGGGCUGUAGAAAACGAGGCUCUACGGCGCAAAGGUACACUGGGUUGGGCUCUUUGUGCGAUUGCAUUCGAUCUAU